AACAUGGUUCCACUCCACCUUUAGCUUUCCAACUGCCGCAUGGAAUCAGGCGGGAGACUGAACCUUUUAAUUCUGGGGAAAAGACGACGCAAUACGGUUGUCGUCGGGAAAUUGACACAAUCGGCGCGGUAUCUUCACGAAUUAAUUCUAUUGACCACAACUCCCCACUCCCCAACAAACUUUGCUCCAGAGAAAUAAAUUUUAAAAAAUGGCAAUUUUUUGUUUUUUGUGGCGCAUCAUACUUGGACUUUCAAAUGCCUUACGCAUGUUGACAGCUGGCUUCGCCGCUUGCCGAUAAUCGGAUCUCUAUAAAGCAACUACGUUCUGCAGUAUAACUCUGCAUCUCUUUCACUAGUAAUUAAUCAAUUGAACCGGCUGUUUGUUAGAAAUGGGGAAAAAGUUAGUGAAGUUGCCGGCGACUGAAGUUGACAUGACGGCCGCUAAGUAUACGCCUCAAAGAGUUCAAGUUGAGAAUUUGCACCUACGGACAUGCAGCUCCACAUCUGACUGGAUUUUGGUUGAAGUUAUUUGUCAUGUUGAUUGAAGCACCAAUUAUUGGUUCAAUGAUCUUGAUUCUCGUGAAGAACAAGAACCGAAUAACCAAGAUGUUGAAGAAUACUGUGAUACCAGAGACUCCCAUGUUUAUACCUGAAUUUCCUCCUAAAGAGUCAGAACCUGGUGUUUUUUGCUUGGAAGAAGAUGGGAAACCUGAAGAACGCGUUGAGUUUGCCUUGCAGUGUCUUCCAGAUUACAAUCCAGCCUGUAUUUGGAUUAAUGAUCCAACCACACCAUUCCGCUAUUGGAAGAUUCGUGAUUAUACAUAUGCUUACAAAUCUAAGCUUACAACUCCAUCUCAGGUAGCAGAGCAUUUCAUCUUAGCUAUAGAAGAGUCUAACAACAAGAAUCCACUGGCACCACUACUAAUUUCUUAUGAUCCUGAUGAAGUCAGAAGGCAAGCUGCUGCUUCCACACAGAGAUUUAAAGAAGGAAGUGAAUUAUCAAUCCUGGAUGGUAUCUUCAUAGCAGUUAAGGAUGACAUUGAUUGCUAUCCAUAUCCAUCAAAGGGUGGCGCAACUUGGUUUCACGAGCUUCGUCAAGUUAAGAAAGAUGCUGUCUGUGUCUCAAGAUUACGAAACUGCGGUGCAGUUAUGGUUGGAAAGACAAAUAUGCAUGAAUUGGCCCUGGGAACAACUGGAAAUAAUGCAAAUUUUGGGACAACCAGGAAUCCACAUGCUCCAGAUAGGUACACAGGCGGGUCUUCCUCAGGCUCUGCAGCUAUUGUAGCUUGUGGAUUGUGUUCUGCUGCAUUAGGAACAGAUGGAGGAGGUUCAGUUCGGAUUCCUUCUUCCCUUUGUGGUGUGGUGGGCUUGAAGACAACAUAUGGAAGGACUGACAUGAAAGGGUUGCUCUAUCAUAGUGGAACAGUGGCAAUUGUUGGACCUAUCACAGCAACUGUUGAGGAUGCCAUACUGGUGUAUGCUGCAAUUUUAGGAUCUUCGCCUGCUGAGAGAGUUUCUUUGAAACCGGCCCUCCCUUGUUUACCAAAUUUAAGUUCAUGUGAGAACUGGUGCUCUAUGGGAUCACUGCGCUUGGGGAAGUACACUGAGUGGUUCAAUGAUGUUUUCUCAACUGAAAUAUCUGAUAAGUGUGAGGAUAUUCUAAACCAGCUAUCAGAAAAACAUGAGUGCAAAACGAUAGAGAUUGUAAUACCAGAGUUGCAUGAGAUGUUCAUUGCACAUGUUGUUUCAAUUGGCUCUGAAGCAUUAUCUCAGCUGAAUCCUGACCUUGAGGAUGGGAAAUUAGCAAGAUUAACAUAUGACAGUCGGAUAAGUCUGGCACUUUUUCAAACAUAUUCAGCGUCAGAUUAUAUUGCUGCCCAGUGUCUUAGGAGAAGGUUAAUGCAUUUCUACAUGGAGAUUUUCAAGAAGGUGGAUAUCAUUGUGACACCUACUACUCCCAUGACGGCGCCCAUAAUAUCACCAACUGCUCUUACAGUUGGAGAGACCAACAUGUGGAUUUCAGGAAGUCUUAUGCGGUUCGUAUUAGCAGCAAAUCUUCUGGGCUUUCCUGCAAUUUCUGUCCCUGUUGGCUAUGACAAGCAAGGACUUCCAAUAGGCAUGCAGCUCAUUGGGCGUCCAUGGUGCGAAGCAUCCAUUUUGCGCUUGGCAGCUGCCAUAGAGGAAACUUGUGCUGGGCCUAAGAAGAAGCCAAAGCAGUUUUAUGAUAUUUUGCAAGGGAAACUGAUGUGAAUUUUGGGAUUUGAGCUUUAUAUAUUGGUGGCUCUUCUCAUACGUUGGUGGUUCGAGAAGGCAUAAAACUGUAUAAGUGGUUCAUCUUCUGUAAUUUUGGAUUAGCCAAAAAGUUCCUAUCAAACAAUUUUAUGGUUAAUCCAACUGCAUUAAAUUCCUACCUAUCUUUUUGGCUUAAAGUUGUGUAAGUUAAUUUGUUUUAUCAAACAUAAUUUCCGAAUGACUAAAAGCAACUACAUGAACUUCUUACCUAA